GUUGUCACGUGGAACGUAGCCUCUGCAGCACCCCCUCAAGACCUCAGUGACUUGCUUCAGCUGAACGAGAACCUGGAUCUGGACAUGUAUGUCAUUGGUUUGCAGGAAAUGAACUCUGGGAUCAUAAGCCUUCUUUCUGACACUGCUUUUGAAGACCCAUGGAGCAGUUUCUUCAUGGAUGUGCUUUCCCCACUGAGCUUCAUCAAGGUCUCCUGUGUCCGCAUGCAGGGGCUCCUCUUACUGAUCUUUGCCAAACAUCAGCAUUUGCCCUUUAUCCAGAUCCUCUCCACCAAAUCCACCCCUACCGGCCUCUUCGGGUACUGGGGGAAUAAAGGGGGAGUCAACAUCUGCCUGAAGCUUUACGGCUAUUAUAUCAGCAUCAUCAACUGCCACCUGCCCCCGCACCUGGCCAACAAUGACCAACGGCUCGAGCACUUUGACCGAAUCCUGGAGAUGCAGAAUUUUGAGGGUGACAUCCCUAACAUCCUGGACCAUGACCUCAUUAUUUGGUUCGGAGACAUGAAUUUUCGAAUCGAGGAGUUUGGGUUGCACUUUGUUCGGGAAUCCAUCAAAAACCAGAGCUACCGUGAGCUGUGGGAGAAGGAUCAGCUCAGCAUUGUCAAGAAACAUGACCCACUGCUCCGGGAGUUCCAGGAGGGUCCCCUGCUCUUUCCACCCACAUACAAAUUUGAUCGGAACUCCAGCAACUAUGACACCAGUGAGAAGAAACGCAAGCCUGCGUGGACCGACCGCAUUCUUUGGAGGUUGAAGCGGCAGCCCCAGGCUAAGCUGUGUACCCCUAGUCCACUGGCCCCCCAUUUCUCCCUGUCUCUGAGGAACUACGUCAGCCACAUGAUGUACUACAUCAGUGACCAUAAGCCUGUCACUGGCACCUUUGACUUAGAGAUGAAGCCGUUGCUCACUGCCCCGUUAAUCACCCUGAGCCCUGAGGGCCUGUGGACCAUGGAGAACGACAUGGUGAUCAGCUACUCCUUGGCCCCAGACUUCCUCAGCAGCCCCUGGGACUGGAUCGGACUGUACAAGGUGGGGCUGCGACACAUCAAUGACUACAUUACCUACGUCUGGGUUGGGGACAACCAGGUCUCUGUCUGUGAAGGGUUGAACAAGGUAUACAUCAACACCAACAAUAUCCCUGAGACCAAGGAUAAGUUUCUCCUCUGUUAUUAUAGCAACAAUCUACGUUCUGUGGUGGGGAUAAGCAAACCAUUCCAGAUCUGUCCCCGAUCCUGCUUUAAGGACAACAUACUGGAUGAGUCCCAUCCACAGAUCUGA